UGAGGACUACAUAUGGGACGGGUGUUUUAGAGGUGCCUUUCGACAAUAAAAAUUGGGGAUCUUCUAACGGAAACGGGCAUCGCAUUUACCAAAUGAAGUAUGUUGGUGCGAUGUUUCUCUUGUCCAUUGAACGUAAUUCCAGCUCAGUCCCUCUAUAUACGAAAGGCUAGCCAUAACUCCAUAGACCGCAUUUUGUGUCCCUUUUGGUAAACUGUUUCAGCAUCGAUCGAUACGCUUCAAAGAUGGUCGGCGUACCUAGAUCUAAACGAUGCCAGCGCUGUAAGCGCAUCAAAAUCAAGUGCGAUGAGAAUUGGCCAACAUGUACACCAUGUCUACGUGCCGGGAUUGUUUGUUCUGGCCCUCCUAAUUUGACCAAGUUUAUCCAUACCAGCUCCAACUCCUCGGCCACGGACGAAGUGAGGGGGGGUGAUGUCACAACCCAGCUCACCACUCGUGCAAGACCGAUUGGUAAUCUGGAGAGCAUCCGCCAACGCGGAUUACCGGGUGGAGCUUCGUUUGGACAUUUCCGCUUUGCUCCCGAUGGGCCACGGAAAAACCUCACGACUGUGGCGGAGCGUGUGGCUGCUCGUCUAGUUGGAUAUCUCUCUCACGAAAAUGCCCCGUGGGAUAUACUAGCUUCUUGUGGGUAUAUUAAACACCUGCCGGCUAGAUUGGGCGAGAGCGCCGCAUUGAGAGACUGUGUUGCUUUAAUGUCUUCUACUUGGAUCAACUCGCGACGAGGUCUCGCGUCGACUCAACUCCUUGAUUCGAACCUUUAUGUUAAAGCACUGAGGACUCUUCAGCGUGCCAUAAAUGACCCUCAUCAACAGCUCAGCAGUGAAACGCUGGCUGCUGCGACCAUUCUAGAGCGGCUAGAGCUUAUAUUCGAUACGCAACGUCCCCAUCAUCGAUCACGCCACUGGGAAGGAAUACAAACUCUGAUGAUCAAGCGAGGUCCGCCGAAUCCUCGAGAUCACUUAGACGUUCAUUUAGCAUUUGAGAAUCACGCAGCCCUGAUAUCACAUUGGCUUGUCACAGGAGGCGAAAACUUCUACUUGAGCUCACCAUGGAAGGAGGCAAUCCAGCAAUCGUUCCUAGCUGUAGAGCACUCCGUCUCAAGUGAACAGGCUGAUUGUUAUAGCGUAGGUUAUUACUAUGGAUUCUGGCCCGGCCUCGUCCAAGAAUUUAGACUCGUUGCCGGUAACCCAGAUGUGAACUCGCAACAAAUACAUGCAUUAGCUCUUCAUGACAAAGUCGCGGUUCUCGCUGCGGAUAUCACAUGUAUCGGCGAGCCAAUCAUACUAAGGAUCUAUAGCGUGGGUGAUAUACUCGAACAAACAGAUCCGAAAUCUCCGAUUGGUAUGAAGCUCUAUUUUGGUAACUUACAUAGAAUGUCGUUUUUUAUAUCCUAUGUCAUGAUACGAAUGAUUUUUAAUCGAAUUCUACACCACUUGACAGUUAUACUAAAGCAGCCAGACCCAGCCCUAGAAGAAGAGCACAGAAAUCUCUGCAGGAAAAUGUGGACAUGUAUCCCAUUCAUUAAAGGCUUAGGGAUGGUGGCCUCGAUCGCAUUCAUUCCCCAACUAUAUAUGUCGUAUGAAGGGGCGGGGGGAAAUGAGAAAGGGUACUUGCUUGACAACAUAAUGGAAAUACUGUCAUACAAAGGGACCGGGAGAUAUCCUACUGAUAGACGAGCGAUGGAACAUAUCAUACUCAACGCCGCGGAGGCUAUGGUCGGUCGAAGCUGUUUUGCUACAACUAUCCCUUCUCCGCAAAGGGACGUCGUCGAGGUGGAAAAGGCACAAACAUAAGGAG